CCCGGCCAGCAGGAUAGUGCGCUCGGCGCGCGGCCAGCGCGGCUCCCCUCCCCGCUCCUCCUCCCGCCGGGCCCGCAGGGGACAGCGACACUCGCCAGGCGCCUCCGUCCCGGCGCUGCCCCGCGCCCCCGCCGCUCGAUAAGCAGUUUCUGAGGACUGAAGUACCUGCCCAGGGAACACCUGCUUGUGAGAAGGAAAUGGAGAGAUCUCUGCUGAAAUGUCUCCUUGUCUCCCUGGUGCUCAGGCAUGGCUGACCUGGACCACAACCUGAGCCUGGCCGACGCGCUGACGGAGCCGCCCCACGACGUCGAGGACGAGGUCAAACGGGAUUUCAUCGCCACCCUGGAGGCCGAGAAAUUCGAUGACGUGGUUGGAGAGACGGUGGAUAAGACAGACUAUGUGCCACUGCUGGAUGAUGAGGAUGAUGCAAAGCCUGGGAGCCAGGAACCCAAAAGCAAAAGCCACGUGGAUGGAAUUCCCGUGGAACAUUCUUCAGCCUCUGGGCCGAUGGUGGUGGAGAACGGCGACCACGGGCUGCAGGGUCACGGCACAGUGUUCCCAGGAGAAAUCAUGGAUGAGAAGAUGUCCUACAAAGAGUUCCUGGACCGCAACGACUCGUGGUCAGCAGAGGAGAGGGAGCUGUGCUUCAAACCCAUGGACAUGGCUGAGCCUUUCAGCCUCCACAGAGGGGAGAACCUUCCAGACUUGUCCUUCCCCACGGACAUGAGGAACGUGCCGCUGUUCCCAGGCCACGCCGAUGCUGCCAGGGACAUCCUUGCUCCACAUGGAUCCAUGAUGGGACCUGAACAACCUUUCCUGGGGUCCCUGUAUUCCCCUGCAGAGGCUCUGGACCCAUCAGCCUUCAUCGGCCUCGAGUCAGGCACAGAAUUCCUGCCAGGAAAAGCAGCACCUGAAGAAUACUGGAUGGGAGCUCAGCAGGACAUGAAGGGACCAGAUACCUCUUUCUUUGUUGAGCCACCAGUGCCCCCCUCAGCCACAGAGGCCAUCAGGACGAGCCUGCCCGAGAGCCCCACGGCAGCAGCAGCCCCUGGGAAUGUUCCUGCUGCAGCCUCAGCAUUCCCAGGAGAGGCUGCAGCCACCGAUGGACCAAAGGGCUCCACGCCAGGUGCAGCCUCUGUUCCUGCCGCCGACGCCGCGUCGCUCCCCGCAGAGAAAGCUGGAGCUGUCCCUGCUGCAGACACCAAACCUCCCCCAGCUCCAGGGGCUGCAGCUCCUGCAGCAGCUGCCAACCCUUUCCAGGCCACGGAUUUGGGCUUUUCUCCUGCACCUGAAGCCAACCCUCCCAAAGGCGUCAAUGACAUCUCCACCCCGGCAGCAGAUGCUGGAUCCCACCAUGGCCUGGAACUGGGGUUUGCCCCAGCAGCAGGUGUGGAGUCCCACCAUGCCAUGGACUUGGGAUUUGCUCCAGCAGCAGGUAUGGAACCUCACCAAGCCACAGAUUUGGGAUUUGCUCCAGCAGCAGGUGUGGAGUCCCAUCAGACCAUGGAUUUGGGAUUUGCUCCAGCAGCAGGUGUAGAACCUCACCACGCCAUGGAUUUGGGAUUUGCUCCAGCAGCAGAUGUGGAACCUCACCACGCCAUGGAUUUGGGAUUUGCUCCAUCAGCAGAUGUGGAACCUCACCAUGACAUGGAUUUGGGAUUUGCCCCAGCAGCAGAUGUGGAACCUCACCAUGCCAUGGAUUUUGCCCCAGCAGCAGAUGUGGAACCUCACCAUGCCAUGGAUUUUGCUCCAGCAGCAGAUAUCAAAGCUCAGCACACCGUGGGCCCUGAGCUUGGCCUGGCAGCAGAUGCAGAGUUUGCCCCAGCAGCAGAAGCCAACCAUCAGCACAGCCUGGAUUCUGGGUUUGCUCCUGCAGCUCCAGCCAAGCCUGUCCCUGCUGUGGACACUGAGAAUGUGUCAGUGGAGGCUCAGCCUGGCCCUGCAGGGGCUGCUGAGGCUGCCCUUCAGCAGGACAAGUCUCCUGCAGAAGCACCAGCAAAGGUGGAAGCAGAACCCAAAGUCCCAGAAGUUUGUGUGGAUCAGUCAGAGAAGAUGAAGGACAGAAAACCCCCUCCAAGCCCUCUGGACGAGCACCUUCCCGGGAAAAGCAGCCACCAGCCGGAGGCAGCAGCUGAAGCAAAAGGAGCAUUAGAAAAUAAAGACCUUCCAGAAAAAUCUGCUCCUGCUGAGGAUGGUGAGGCACGAAAGGAGGAGGCUGAGCACAACCACGUCCAACACGCAGAACCUCAGGAAGGGAAAACCCUGCAGGAGCCCACAGGUCUUCCCACUGCACAAGUCAGGCAAGCUCCCAAAUCCAGGGACCGCGGGUUUGGCAGAGCAAAACCUGCCCCAGUGCCUCUCACAGAUGUGCCAGAGGAGCAUCCUGUAGGUCUCCCACAGCAGAAGAGUCCUGAGCCCAGAGCAGAUCCCUGUUCCACAGUGGAGCUUGGCUGUGGUGCUGGAACAUCCCCUCGCUUUAGGGUUCCUCACAAAAAGGCCACCAGUGUCCCCAAGGAGCCUGUGGAGAGCUGCAGAGAUCCCUCCCAGGAAAGCUGGGAUUUGGAAGGUGCCGUGGUGAAGAAAAAGAAAAAGAAACCCAAACAAAGGAGAAACCAGCUGCCAAGAGGGAUGGAGUUGUGGGAAGAGAAUGGAGCAGGAUCCAGAGCUGCCAGGAAUGCUCCCUUUGGGCUGGAAUGGCAGAAUCCAGAGCCUGAGGGAACAUCCUCAGGGAGCAGAGCUCUGGAUGUGCCAAAAGAUGCUAAAAUAACAACUGGGAGUCAUAUCCUGGAUGAGCAAAACGCCUUCCCAGUGCCAGCCCCGGGACAGCAGCCCCCAAAAUCCGCUCUGCUGGAUGCCAGAGCCCGGCAGGAAGCGAAAACAGAGGGAAGGAGAGGUGACAGCUGGAUCCUGGAGUGUAAAGGCAAGAGCAGAGAGGUUCCCUCGGAGCAGAGGGGCAAGACUGAGGUGGAGGAAUCUGCUCCAGUUUCAGGACCCAGCGAGCCCACGGAGAGAGAUUUCCCCGGUAAAAGUGAAAGGAGGGAGCACAAGGAGUCAAGAGGAGCUGACUUGACAGUACAUGAGAGCAAAGCAGGAACUCCCUUACAGACCAAACCUUUGGAAUUGCCCCUUUCCCAUAAAAAUAAAGAGCCUAAAACCUCAUCUCCAGGGCAGGAAGCACCCAGUGGCUCUGUGCAUCAGCUUUCCCUGGAAACAGCAGCCAAGAAAAACAGGGAAAAAAGCAACGGGGUUGGAAAGGAACACCUCAAACAGCCUCACCUGGAGGACAAGCUCCCUGCAGAGCCAAAGGCAGCUGGAGGAAGUGAAACAGGGUCAGAGGGAGGGCUGAAGACCCCAAGAGAUGCUCCUGGAGCUCCUGUUCCAGCUUCGCUUUCAGCAAAGCUUGGGGAGGUUCCAGCUGUGCAGGGCAGAAGGGCUGAGGGUGUCCCUGAUGCUCCCAAACAUCCCUCCCCUGGUGGGGCAGGGGGCUGGGGUGGGGCAGAUUCCCCAGAUCCAAACCCAGGGAAAGGAUCCCCUGCUCCAGAGCAGAGGGCUGGGAAAGAUCCCAGCUCCACACACGGGGUGGACAGGCCUAAAAAAAAGCGCAGCGAAGGGAAAGGCAAAAGAAUAAAAAGCUUCUCGGAGCAGAUGGUGCUGGCAGAGGAUGGAGGCAAAUUCACUGAGGGAGGGAGGACAGGUGAGGAUGGGAAGGAAGCAGUUUAUCCUGAAAAUGGUCAGGGGGUUCCUGCCAGAGGACACCCAGCAGCCAGCGCUACAGACAAGCCCAAAAAAAGAGGCAGCGAUGGAAGGAGCAAAAAAGGGGAAAGGAGCUUUUUCCAGCAGCCUUUCCUUGAGAGUAAAAUGGAUGCAGGGAGUUUUCCUGAGGUGGCUGGUAAGGUGAGGGAGGGCAGUGAUGAGGGCAGAGCAGGGGGCUCUGUCCCUGCUGGGGGCUUGCAGGAAAACGCAGCUAAAACACAAAGAUCAAUUGAGCUGAGACCGGAGAAACCGAAAGAAAAUGUUGGGAAACCUGGAACAGCUGAUUUGAGAGCUUUAGACCAAACUUUGCUGCUGGAGAAGAGCAAAGAGGAAGCCAAAAUUCCUGCUCUGGCUGCCACCACGAGCCUGACAGAAGAGGUGGAUUUGGUUGGGAAAGGCAGAGAGGCCGGAGGUGGCGCAGGGCUGGCAGAGAAAGGCAGGAAAAGGAGCAGUGAUGGGAGGAGGAAGGAGGCUGAGCACAGCCCCUGGGGGCAGGCAGCUGUCCCCGGUGCUGGGGGGGACAGCAGCCAGCAGCAGGAGCCUGGGAACAGGAAGGAAACGAGCCUGGAGAAGGAGAAGGGAUCUGGUUUGCAAAGAGAGAGGUUGGCGGAGGAGCUGGGGAAGCCCAAAAUCCAGAGUGGCAGUGGGAGCUUCUCUGAGCUGCCAAAUCUUUCAGGCCAGAAACCAGAGAUUUCAGAGGCAGAAAUUGGCAGUGUUAAAGAAACUUGGCCCAUGAAUAGAGGGAAGGAAGCAGAGAAAUCCCAUCCUCUCCCAGAACACAGGGCAGGGAUGCACAGUCCCAGCAGGGAACUGGGGAUGGACAAGGCCAAGAGUAAAAGCAGAGAUGGGAAAGGCAAAAAGGCUGAGCACAGACCUGAGCUGCAGCCAGGCAAUGUCCCUGCAGUGGGACACAGCCAGCAAACUCAGGCUGAGAAAGGCAAAGAGAAUUCCAGGACUCCAGCAGGUCACCUGCCUGAUCCUGCCAAGGUAGAGACUCCUGCUUUGCCCCUGGAGCCAGGGAAAUCACACCCAGGUGAUGAGGAGGAACACAGAAAGGGGGAGCCUGAGCCACAGCAGCCUUUUCUGCUGGAGCAUAAAGCAGGAGCAGGGAUGUUCCCUCCUCCUGGCCUGGAGAUCAGGGACAAACCUGAGGCAGGAGGUGCCAGUCCUUGCAGCAGGAAUAAAAAUUCUGUCCCAGAGCAUCCAGCAGUGUCAGAUCCCAGCCUGGCCCCAGUCACUGAGAGAUCUAAAAAGAGGGGUUAUGAUGGAAGCAGUAAAAAGGCUAAAAAUGCUUCCAGGCAUGUUCCUCUAGAGGCAAAUCCAGAGAGGAGUGAAGCACAGCCUCCCCUGGGAUCUGGGCUGGGAUGUGGGAUGGAAGACACAGAUUUUGUAGAUGAAAACAGAAACAUUAAAAACUUUCCCACUGGCCCUCAAAGACUCUGGAAUAAUAAAAGAAGUGACUUGAAAUCCGUGGCUCAGAGCACAGCAAGUGGUGCUGGGGGUGAUGCUCCCUGUGACCUCCCAAAGCAGAGGGAAGGGGCUGCAGGGGCUGGGGGCCUUCCUCCUCCUCCUCCUCUUCCUCUGGAAGCAGAGAACAGCAGCAAGGAGCCUGGAGCUGGUGCUGAGAAGGAGAUGCAGAGGUGCCAUGAGCAGCCCCUCAGCCUGGGACACAAAGAACCUGCCCAAGACGUGUCACAGAGAGGUGGCAAAAGCAGAGAGGCUGAGGUGUCACACAGAGGCCAGCCCAAGGACAAAAGUGACCUUUCCCCCGAGGCAAAGGUGGAUGAUAAAGAAACAAAACCUUCUGAUGAGAAGCCCAGCAGUGCCAGGGCUCCCUCGGAGGAAGGAGCAGCCGUGGGGGGCACAGGGGGAGCAGAGACCCCCAGAGCAGAGAGGGGCACUGGGAGCCUUCCCCCAGCCCCUGCAGGGACCCCUCCCAGCACUGGGAUCAGUUCCCCAUCUGCAGAGACCCCUCCCAGCACUGGGAUCAUUUCCCCAGCCCCUGCAGAGACCCCUCCCAGCACUGGGAUCAUUUCCCCACCUGCAGAGACCCCUCCCAGCACUGGGAUCAUUUCCCCAUCUGCAGAGACCCCUCCCAGCACUGGGAUCAUUUCCCCAUCUCCUCCAGCCAUGUCCCAGGCUGUGCCAGGAGCUGGGAUGGACAGGAAAGCUGGAGGGGACACAAGGAGCGAGCAGAGCUCACCCCAACACCGGGGCACUGAGCCUCAGGGUGCUGGCCCUCGUGGGACAUCUGCCCAAACCACCCAGAAACAGCCCAAAGAGAGCAGAAAAGGGCCCUGGCAGCCUGCAGAGGAGGGCCCUGCUCCUGCUGCUGAGGCUCUCAUGAAGGAUGCUCCUCGUGGAGGAGAGCUUCUCCUGAAGGACACUCUGGUGCCAGAGUCUGAGCUGGAGAAACCUCAAGACAAAACCAAAGAAAAGGAUUCUCGAGACACAAAUAAAGAAACUCAAGAUACAGCUAAAGAAAAGGAGUCUCAGGACACAACUAAAGAAAAGAAACCUCAAGAAUUAACUAAAGAGAAAAAAUCUCAAGACAUAACCAAAGAGAAGGAACCUCAAGAAGUAACUAAAGAAAAGGAAUCUCAGGACACAACUAGAGAAAAGAAACCUCAAGAAUUAACUAAAGAAAAGGAAUCUCAAGAAAUAACUAAAGAAAAGGAAUCUCAAGGAAUAACUAAAGAAAAGGAAUCUCAAGGAAUAACUAAAGAGAAGGAAUCUCAAGGAAUAACUAAAGAAAAGGAACCUCAAGACAUAACCAAAGAGAAGGAAUCUCAAGGAAUAACUAAAGAGAAGGAGUGUCAGGACAUAACUAAAGAAAAGGAACCUCAAGAUAUAACCAAAGAGAAGGAACCUCAAGACAUAACCAAAGAGAAGGAACCUCAAGAAAUAACUAAAGAGAAGGAAUCUCAAGGAAUAACUAAAGAGAAGGAACCUCAAGACAUAACCAAAGAGAAGGAAUCUCAAGGAAUAACUAAAGAGAAGGAAUCUCAAGCCCCAAGUAAAGAAACAGAAGAAUGUGAACAGAAAGCAGUGAAAGAGGCAAAGAAAGAGAGAUUGAAGGCAGCAGAGCAGCUCAAGGGCUACAUGAGACCCACCAAGGCCCGGGGGGUGCCAGCCCUGGUGGCCAGGCCAGCGCUGGCCAGAGCUGGUCCCCGGCAGGCGCGGCAGGACAGAGCCAAACCAGAGGAGCCCAAAGCAGCCGAGGCCGUGAGUGGGAACGACAUCACAGCUCCUCCCAACAAGGAGCUCCCUCCCAGCCCCGAGAAGAAGACCAAGCCUGCUGCAUCCAGCUCCGCUCCAAAGCCGGCAGCAGCGAAGGCCAAGCCCUCGGCCACCACCAGCCCCAAGCGGCCGAGCUCGGCCACCCCGGGCACAAACAAAAAGCCCACGAGCCCAACUGCAGGUCCUACUCCAGGCAGCAGUUCCAAACGCCCCGGCACCAGCAGCACCCGUCCCUCCACCUUAACUCCAAAAGAGACUAAACCAAAGGUCGCGGAUGCGAAGCCCGCAGAGAAGAGAACUUCCCUCUCCAAGCCUCCAUCCUCCACCACUCCUAAAACUCCUUCCAGGAGCUCCUCUGCUGCUCCCCGGACCACGGCACCGUCGCCGGUGACGGCAGCGGCCGCUGCCAAAACCACGGCGGCGACUCCUCCCAAGAGGCCGACGUCGAUCAAGACGGACGCGAAGCCGGCAGAUGCCAAGAAAACGCCAGCGAAGUCUCCCUCAGCAGAUUCCAGCCGCCCCAAGAGCGCUCCCGGCAGCGCCGGUGCCACCAAGAGCAGCGCCACCACUCCUUCCACCACGGCCUCCAGCGCUCCCGGCGCUGCCAGCGGGCGCCCCAAGCCCAAAAGCGCCGCCCCCAAAGCCGCCGCGGCCUCCACGGUGUCGGCGGACGCCAAGAAAACCACGGCCAAGGCCUCGGUCAAGGUCAGCGCCCCCAAAGCGGCUCGGCCGGCCAGCAGCGCCUCAGCCCCCGAUCUGAAGAACGUCCGCUCCAAGAUCGGCUCCACGGACAACAUCAAACACCAGCCCGGGGGAGGGAAGGGGAAAAUAGAGAAAAGGCCAGAGCCAGCCGCCGCCGCGCCCAGGUCUGAGCCCAGCACGGGCACUAAAGUGGCUCCUAAAGCAGCCUCAGCAAAAGAGGGGGUCCCCAAACAGCCCAAUGGGAAAGUCCAGAUAGUCUCCAAAAAAGCGAACUACAGCCAUGUUCAGUCCAAGUGUGGUUCCAAGGACAAUAUUAAGCAUGUCCCUGGAGGUGGGAAUGUGCAGAUCCAGAACAAGAAAGUCGACCUUUCCAAAGUGUCCUCCAAGUGUGGAUCUAAAGCAAAUAUCAAGCAUAAGCCAGGGGGAGGAGACGUCAAAAUCGAGAACCAGAAGCUGAACUUCAAGGAGAAGGCCCAGGCCAAAGUGGGAUCUCUGGACAACGUGGGACACUCGCCGGCCGGAGGAGCCCUCAAGGUGGAGGGCGGCGCGGAGCCGAACGGAGCGGGGCCGGGCCCGGGUGUGCUGCCCCAGAACGGAGUGGGGCCGGGCCCCAGCGACCAAAGGGAACCUCAGAGCCUCGACAGCCGCAUCCAAGAAACAAGCAUCUAAUGAUGACAUUAUGGUAUCGUCUUCCAUUCCCCUCCUGCCCCUUGUCUCCUCCUCUCCCCGCGCCCCUGUCCCCUGCCCCUGUGUCGCUGCAGAUUGAGUCUCACGAGCUGAUGUUCCGUGCGAAGGCCGAGGCUCGAACGGACCACGGAGCUGAAAUCGUCGUCUCCAAACCCCCCACCCCUUCCAGCAGCACCUGCCCCCGGCGUAGCACCAGCUCCAGCCUGGGCUCCGUGGCCUCCCCGGCACCGCCAGCAAGGCUUGUGACCCCCGCGCCCCCGGGGACCCAGCUUGGCUCUCUUAACCCGGCUCUGCCUUUAGGUGGGAAGGGGACGGUGUGGGAUGUUCGGGCCGGGGGUCCCGGGGGCUCCCCUCCCUCUCUCGGUGCCCCCGGGCAGGGCAGAGCCCCGCGGGUGAGGCUGAGGCCGGGCCGAGUUAACAGGGAUAAGCUGUGAUCUUUCUUUCUGGCUCUUUUUUUAACCCCUUCCCUCCUCGCCGCUUCAGUUUCUGCCGCCUGUGGGAUGCUGAUGAAUCCCCUCCACACUCGUUAGGCUGUUUUAACUGUUGACUUGAACCUUUUAUUCUUUGUGACGAAGUGUUGAUGAUGAUUUAUCGUGUUCGAACCCGUGCUAAGUUUCCUUUUCUCUUUCCUUCUUUUCCGACCCGUAGGAGAGUAGGGACAUUUAACCGCUGCUGCCGUGCUGGCUUCUGACUGACAUAUCCAGCCCUUGUCACUUCUUUGUUGUUGUUUGGGGUUUUGUUUCUGGUUUUUUUUUAACGUUUUAAAACGAUGGAGCGAGUUCAUGGGAUUAAGCCAUGUCUGGAACGAAAGGCACAGGAAUGUGUAAAGGGCAAGCUUGCUGUGAGAGCUCAGGUGGAGCCUGUGUUGACCUCGAGAUGUGGUAAUUGAUGCUCGAGAUGAGUUAAUUGAUGCUCGAGAUGAGUUAAUUGAUGCUCGAGAUGUGUUAAUUGAUGCUCGGGAGCCGUCCCCGGGGUGCCUUCUGCAAAGGUGGUUUAUUUAUUAAGGGCAGGGCCGGGCUCUGGGAUCUCUCCGGUUUUCGCAGGGUUUUUCCAGGGUCUGGAAAGGGAGCAGGAGGCUCAGGCCGGGAGUUCCGAGGCUGCAGCAGGUCCGUGGGGAUGUGUGGGGUGUGUGGGGUUUGUGCUGCUGGGGGUGAGAGCCGGGAUGAGCAGGGCAGGAGGCAGCGGGAGCUCAUCCCAGAGGGACCCCGGAGCCCUCGGAGGGGCAGCAGGGCAGGCUCGGUGCCAGGGAGGUGCAACUCUGACGAGGAAGGAGAUUUAACCUCUCUUGGAGCUCCUCGUUUCAAAUGACACUAAAGAAAACGAAGUGUAAAUAAAUUAAAGGAAAACAAAACAAAAGUGUUCUCGGGUGGUCAAAGUAAUUUAAAGCAAAAUAAAAAAAAAGCAAACAGAAUAAGAAAACACUGGGAUCAAAGAGAACUGAACCAGGCGUGUGCUAAGGGGGGCUGCUCCAGGAGGGGACAGAGGGAAGCCUGCAGCUUCUCGUGCUUGUGGGAGUAUUUCUUUGGGAAGCCGACAAUGACACGAUAACCCGGAAUCUGUAUUUACACACAAAGAUUCUUAUUGCACUUGUAUUUUUUAUAUUAAAGUUUGCAUGGUUUCUAAUAAAAUGGCAUUAAAAUGUACUAGUUUGAAUCAAAGUCGUCUGGUAGUUUCAUAAGUGCUUUUUCAUCCGAAUACAAAUUUAAACAAGCGAUGCAGAUUUGCACCUGAAAGGGGCGGUUAUAUAUACCCAGAGACCUCCUGAUGCUUCCCUUCCUCUUCCUCCUCCUCCUCCUCUUCCUCCUCUUCCUCUCCCCUCCUCUCCACAUCCCUGUGAUCCCAAGCCGGGGAUCCGUGUCCCCCGUGUGUGUCCCCGUGUGUCCCCCGGAGCUGCCGCCGGCGCUGGAGCUCCGGUUGGUUCCCGGUGUCCCGGUAUAUAUCACUGCCCUCCCGUGACGCUUCCUUCUUUCUCUACUGCUAAAUUCUACACGCCAGCUUCAGCUCGGCAGCCUUGGCUUUGCUUUGGGUGAUUUUUUUUUUUUGUUUUUUCCAAUGUUUGAAUUGAGGGAAUAAUUGAAGGAGAGGAGAGGAGCAGGGUGAGCCCCUGGGCAGGACGGUGAGCCCUGGUUCCCGGCUGUGAGCAGCCAGGGUGGCCUUGGCACGGGCUGGAGCCCAGCUCCAGGCUCUGAGGCCGGGCAGGGAGCAGAGCUUGUGCCCAUGGGCAGAGCCAGAGAUGGGCAGGGGCAACCAAAGAGGAGGUGGAGGCUGAGAUGUCACAUUCCUCUUGCUGCUCCUCCUGGGGCACCCCGGACCUGUGGUGGCCUGGGAUGCGCCAGGAUGAGAUUCCCAGGGAUGAGAUUCCCUGGGAUGAGAUUCCCUGGGAUGAGAUUCCCUGGGAUGAGAUUCCCUGGGAUGAGAUUCCCUGGGAUGAGAUUCCCGGGGUGCCCAGGUGAGGCCCAGGGUGAAGGGACGCAGCCUGGUCCCUGUCAGGGACUGCAGGAGGAAGGCAAAUGGCAACACUGCACUUUAUCUUCUGAGACUGCAAAAAUCAAACACGCCCUGCCCCGCUGCAGAGGGACAGCGACAUCACCUUCCCCCUGCGUUGUUUUUCUCCCAUUCCCCGAUUUCCCGAGCCCCGGCCGGGCGCUGUGGCUGUGCCCAGGCUGUCCCUGCCCAAACCCCGGCCCAGCUGAGCCCCCGGCCUGUGCUUCUGUGCCACUUCUCUAACACUUGUUGUGCCUGUGUGUAGCUGAUGAACUAAAUCCAGAUACACUAGUUCGCCGUGGUGUUUCUAGGACAGCUUCAGUUUUAAUACGGAUUUCUUUUUUAAUUUUAUUUUGAGGGCGGCUGUACAUAUUGCUAGGCUGGGAAGGAGCCGUGUGCGGUGGGAAUGAUUUCGUUUCCCGGCUGGAGAGGAGAGAUGAGCUGGGUAGAGCCGAGACCUCAAACGCUGCUGGGGGAAGGGGCUGGAGGCAGCAAAUCCUGGGGGAAAGGGGAGUUGUGCUCGGAAUGAGGUGCGAGUUGAAUGUACGCGCUCCUGUCCCGAGCCUGGGGUCACUCUGGGCCGGGCCGGGCUGUGCUGGUGGCUCCGCGGAGGGGCUGAGCUUCCUCCGGCCUCCCGGUGUAUCAGUGGCAUUUACAGAUCCUUUGGGCUUUUUCUACUGUUAAACAAGAACAUUGGAGUACCCGAGUUUGCGGGCCCAGAGCCCCAGAGCGGCUCCCGGCUCCAAAGUGAAUGUAGUUUUCUACGCUGCCCCUCGCUUGUCCCCGCGUGUCGCUGUGAGAGGGGCCCGGGACCCUCGCGUGGGCUCCGUGUUCAGGCAGAAUCUGGAGUUUCCUUGGAGCUUGGUAUCGGUGGCGUCCUUGGGGUGAUGGGGCAGGGCCGAGUCCCCUCAGAGCCGCGGGCCCGGCAGCUCCGGGUUCGGGGAAGGAUCCCCUCAAAUCCGAGUGGCCCUGGCUGGGCCCGGCAGCUCCGGGUUUGGGGAAGGAUCCCCUCAAAUCCGAGUGGCCCUGGCUGGGCCCGGCAGCUCCGGGUUCGGGGAAGGAUCCCCUCAAAUCCGAGCGGCCCUGGCUGGGCCCAGCAGCUCCGGGUUUGGGGAAGGAUCCCCUCAAGGCCGCGGGUGGGGCGGAAGAGGCUCCGGGCAGCAGCAGCAGCAGCAGCAGCAUGGAAAGGGCUCUGAGGGGCUCUGAGGGGCUCUGAGGGGCUCUGAGGGGCUCCGGCUCUCCCUCCUCCCUGCCCGCCUGAGCUCCAGCCCAGGCACCGCUCGCCUUCCGCCCCCCCGGCACCCCCCAGGCUCCAGCGGCCCCGCCGUGCCCGUCCCGGCCGCGUUCGGCGGCUCCCGCAGCCCCGGAGGCAGAACCGAGCCGGGAGCGAGCCCUGACCGGGGCUCCGGGGGCUCGGGGCUCUGCACCCCGCAGGGUGAGCCCGGCUCUCGGCUCCCUCCGAGCUCUCGGGAAGCCACUCAACCUCUCUGCCUCAGUUUCCCCAUCCGCAAAGGUGGGGGGGAUUCAAUUUUACCUCACCGGGCUGUUGUGAGGCGUGAGCAGCGCGUGACGUGUUCUCUAAAUGUGAUGUGUUCUUCUUCUUUUGUGUCAUAGGAUUAUUCUGCAGGGGUGCCCGAGGAGGGGGAGACUCCGCCGUCCCUGGGCCGUGCUGGGGGAGGCCAGGGCUGGGAGGGGAGGUCAGUGCUUGGCGUGAGACAACAGCUCUGGGGCCCGGGGGGUCCCAUCGGUUCGUUCUGCCUUUGUGUCUCCCCUCCCCGGGGGCUGUAAGAGCGUCGUCUCCUUAGCAACAUUUCCUGACUUGAUGUUGUGAUUCUUACUAUUGUAAAGGGUUGAAAUAAAGCUUCUAGAUGUUC